UUCAGCAUGCAGCAACCAUUCAAUAAUCUGCUUCCUCCGACCACCAAACAACCACCAUCACCGGCGGCGAGCGCCGGAGCAGCCAAAGGUUACAGGCCUCGCUCCGGACACCUUGCCGCUGAUCUCCUUGGCCGGCCAUGCCCGCGCCGUCGUGCGACGAGGGCAGUGCGGGCCGCUGUCCCGACGAACUCUAAUAGCUCUGAAUUCAUCUGCGUCAAGAACAACACCAUCCAGGACACAAAAUUACCAAGAGAGGGCAAGUUCUUCGAAGUGGAGAUGGCUGUCCGUGACUGUGAGCUCGACAAGUACGGGGUUGUCAGCAGUGCCGUGCUUGCUGCCUUCAUGGAAACAGCUCGUCAAGAGAUGCUCACAAGCCUAGGCGUCCCCACGGGGUCGAUCGCCCGCGCAGGCCGUGCCCUGGCGGUCUCCAAGUUGACCGUCAAGUACAUGGCGCCACUAAAGUCCGGCGCCAAGUUCGUUGUCAUGGUGAGGGUCGUCCAGAUCAAGGGCGUCCGGAUGCUCACGGAGCACUUGAUCGCGACGCUGCCCGACCAUGAGCUUGUUUCAGAAGCUAUGGCCACCAUCGUCUGCCUCAACAAAGACUACCGGCCGACUCGCAUGUUCCCGGAAAUGGCGAAGCUACUGCACGUCUUCUCUCCUAACUAGGAUCAAUC